AUGGCAGGGAUGCAAAGGCUGGAACGCGCAAGACUUGCCAAUAUGUUCUGAGGAAGGGCCAGUCAAAUUGCAACCGGGGUGGUUUGUUUGUCCUGCGGUUUGUUUUCCUAUCACGCCCCCACUUUCCCCAACACUGCCCCCCCUUCCUCAUCGGAGCCCCCCCUUCCUCCUGCCUCGCCUGCUCUCCCCAGUCCCCACCCCGCCUCUCCAGCCGGCGGCGCGCAAACCCCAUCCUCCCGGCGCGUCACGGCUUCGCCAGCUGCCCCCGCUCCGUCUCCCGCUCGCCCCAGCCGGCCUCCCUCCCUCUCCGUCUGCAGGAAGGGAGAUCCCGGCGCAAUCCCAGCUGCGUUUGGAGGGAGAGCGAGGUAAGUGACGGCCGCUUCGCCGCCGCCGAGCGCUGCAGAUUUGCAAGAGAGGCGAGCGAGCGGGGAGGAUCCCCGUUGCAAAUCGAGCAGCAGGAGGAGGAAACGCGCCUUUGCAAAGUGGCUUCUCCAGAUCCGGGGAGGUGGCGGGAGGAGUUUGGGGACUCCCCACUCCCUGGGGAGAAAAGGGCAGGUGCGUCGCGCACAACUGCAAGAAAUGCUGGCGAGCCACGUCGUUGCUCAGGCUCAGCCAAGCGCCGUCUUAGGAAGGGGCUUCGCUCAUAUCCGCGUUGACGCGGGAGAUCCGUUUCCCGGCUUCGCUGCCGCCGCUCGACCGGGAGAAUUCAGUUGCCUGGGGCUCCCGUUGCCCUUCGCCUGUCAUCGGACGGGAAGAAGGACAGGCGUCGAGCAACUUGCGACAGGCUCGGGGGCAGAGGCGUUGCGGAUCGGGAGGUGCUGCAGCGGGGUGUGAGUGAACGUGAGAAUGAGCCCGGGAGUCGCGUUCCGGGGUCCGGCGCGCACGCGGGUCGGGAGAGCGUGACGGGCGGGCACCCGCGUCCACAGUGCCGGGCCGAAAAGGGAAAGGGGUCCCAAGGGGAAGGGGUGCGAUCGGCGCCAGGGUUAUCUCUAAACUCGCAGGAUGCGUCGAGAGUGGCUGGUGUUCUGCAAAAUAAUACCGCCGCCCGCCCUGGAGGCCCUUCCGUUAACCUUUACAUUCAUGUAAAUCCCGCCCGCCCCGCCUUUUUAAUAGAUGGAGGGAGCGCUUCUGAAGCAGGCAGCAUGGUUUAGGAGCAUAGGAAGCUGCGUUGCCGAUCUAGCUAGUGUUGCCAGCACUGGCCGGCAGCAGCACUCCAGGGGUUCAGAGGAGGCAUUGCCAGCCCUAGACGGAAAUGCUUGGACCUGUUGCAUGCAAAGCAGGUUCUUUAGCGGUAAUCUACAGCCGUUCCCUAGGGCAUCAUUAAACAAAAAUACUGUCCCACCCAAAAAGUGAUAUAGAAUCAGGAUUGUAGCGGUGGAAGCGACCCCACAGGUAAUCUAGUGUCCAACCUCCUGCAAUGCAGAAAUCACAACUAAAGCAUCCAAGGUCUGCUUAAAAACCUCCAGGGAAAGGAAGUCUGCCAUCUUCUGAGGGAGUUUGUUCUACAGCUGAACAGUUCUAGCUCUUCCAGAUGUUUAAUCUGAAGCUGCUUUCUUCUGACUUGAAUCCACUGGUUUGGGUCCUACCCUCCAGAGCAGGAAAAAACAAGCUUGCUCCAUCUUCCAUGUGGCAGCCCUUUAGGAUAGCCAUCAAAUCCUCCUCUUUUCUAGGCUAAACAUACCCAGCUCCUUCAACCGUUCCUCAUCAGGCUUGGUUUCCGGACCCUUGAUCAUCUUGGUUGCCCUCCUUUGCACACGUUCCAGCUUGUCAACAUCCUUCUUAAAUUGCGACACCAAGAACUGGACACAGUACUUCAGUUGUGGUCUGACCAAGGCAGAAUAGAGCAAUACUAUGACUUCCCUUGAUCGGGGCAUGAUGCUUCUGUUGAUGCAGCCUAGAAUAGCAUUUGUACUUUUUGUUGCUGCAGCACACUCGCAGCCAUCAUUCGUCUCUGGUCACUGCUAUGGAUGGACGGCCAGACGGCCACAUUGCACUGUGACUGUCUGCAAAGCAUUCCUAUACGGCAGUGUUAACGUUGCCAGACUUCAUGUCACAUUUGCAGACAUUUUUGUAACACAGAGUUGGUCUGCCGAUGGGCUUGGUGCCCGAAGCCAGCUCCCCAUAGAGCAUGGGUUGGCAAACUAAGGCCCGGGGGCUGGAUCCGGCCCAAUCGCCUUCUAAAUCCGGCCCAUGGACGGUCUGGGAAUCAGUGUGUUUUUACAUAAGUAGAAUGUGUGCUUUUAUUUAAAAUGCAUCUCUGGGUUAUUUGUGGGACAUAGGAAUUUGUUCAUAUUUUUUCUUCUUCAAAAUAUAGUCCAGCCCCCCACAAGGUCUGAGGGACAGUGGACCGGCCCCCUGCUGAAAAAGUUUGCUGACCCCUGCCGUAGAGGAUGCCCCUGGGGAUCCUGCCAUCUUUCAUUCUGUGGACAUGGCUGAGCCAGGAUAGGAGUGUGAACACACUGGGAAUGUGGGCUUGAGAACACAUCUUGGUUUGAGACUCUGCCCUGCCAUGUGAAACCCCAAAUCUUCCUGACGCAGCGCAUAUGGAAAGUGUUGAGGUGUCACUCCUGGUGGCUCUAACUGCCCACGACCCACUUCCGUAAAGCAGCAUGCUCAACAGGCAAGCCUGGGAGACCUUCGUCUUGGUACUGGAUUUUAGCAUCACCUUUCCCCAAAGCCUUUUGGAGAGGCAAGCUGUGGCCGUAGCUGCCUUGCUGGCACUCUUCUCCAGCUCUUCUCCUGUGAUGCUGGCGCUGGGAGGAGAGACAGUUUGGGUUGCUUCUCCAGGAAACAGGAAGGAGCCUGUGCAAACUGUGUGUAGGUAGACUCUUACUGCUCCUCAUCACAGCACAAUUCCUAGGAGCCACACACAUCCAACGGUGAGGUAGAUUAACGUUACCAGUCAUCUCCGUUUCCCAGGGACAGUCCCCGGAUUUACAAAUCAGUACCCAUAUAAAUGCAGGUGGCGCUGUGGGUUAAACCACAGAGCCUAGGGCUUGCCGAUCAGAAGGUCGGCGGUUUGAGUCCCCACGACAGGGUGAGCUCCCGUUGCUCUGUCCCUGCUCCUGCCAACCUAGCAGUUCAAAAGCACGUCAAAGUGCAAGUAGAUAAAUAGGUACUGCUCCAGCGGGAAGGUAAACGGCAUUUCCGUGUGCUGCUCUGGUUCACCAGAAGUGGCUUAAUCAUGCUGGCCACAUGACCCAGAAGCUGUACGCCGGCUCCCUCGGCCAAUAAAGCGAGAUGAGCGCCGCAACCCCAGAGUCGGCCACGACUGGACCUAAUGGUCAGGGGUCCCUUUACCUUUACCUUACCCAUAUAAAAUCCAUUGAAGUUGAAAAGUGUCUGCCGGAUUAAUUGAAAAAAUCUGGUAAAACCUUAGGGUAGAUCCAUGCUCAGCUAUGUCACAGUGCUCCCAUCUUCCUACGCCUCUUUUUAGUUGCCUGUCAUGUGAACACGGGCCUCUGGUGGCUCCUGUUUUGCUUUUUUAAAACUGGUCUUGCCUUAAAAACAAGGCCCAUUUAUGCAAAGUAUCCGGUCUCUCCGAAGAAGUGUGAACAAGGUGCCCCUGAGCAGUGUGGAAAAGCUGCCGUUCGCCCGUGGGCGCCUUCAUGACAUGGUUUUUAUUCUGAGAAGCUCUGCAUGGUCACGGUCUGUGUGCAUUUCCUUGUCCUCUGUUCUGGGCACAUGGGAAAUGGCAGGAGAAGGAGACUCCUGAAUGUCUGCCAGGGCUGGGGGGGACAAACAGAACGGAGAGAUCACUAAAAUGAACGGCCAAGUGGAAUAUGCAGCUUUGAAACAGAGCGACAGAGGGGGGGGGGAGGGGAGCCCUUGGCAGAGUUGCAAAAGCCACGUGAACCUGUGAGCCAAUUACGGCUUGCUUUAGCAGAGCAUCAUUAUGAACUUCAGUUCAUAAUGUCCCACUCAUUGCACUCUCUGAUUUACAAAUGGAAAAUGAGGACCGAACAGGUGGCUUUGCCCAACACCUUUAGCAACAAGUGAUGCUAAACUGCAUUUAGUGCUCCUCGUUUUCAAAGGGUUCAGCCAGAACACGGCUGAAUGCGGCAGCUAGACUGGUGACUGGGAGCGGCUGCCGGGACCACAUAAGAGAUCUGCGUUGGCUCCCAGUACGCUUCUGAGCACAAUUCAAAGUGUUGGUGCUGACCUUGAAAGCCCUAAACGGCCUCGGUCCAGGAUACCUGAAGGAGCGUCUCCACCCCAUCGUUCUGCCAGGACACUGAGAUCCUGAACCGAGGGCCUUCUGGCAGUUCCCUCACUGCGAGAAGUGAGGUUACAGGGAACCAGGCAGAGGGCCUUCUUGGUGGUGGUGCCCGCCAUGUGGAAUGCCCGCUCUUCAGAUGUGAAGGAAAUAAGCAGCUAUCUUAUCUUUAAAAGACAUCUGAAGGCAGCCCUGUUUAGGGAAGUUUUUAAUAUUUAAUGCUGUAUUGUUUUUAACACUCGAUUGGGAGCUGCCCAGAGUGGCUUGGGAAACUCAGCCAAAUGGGCAGGGUAUAAAUAAUAAAUUAUUAUUAUUAUUAUUAUUAUUAUUAUUAUUAUUAUUAUAUAACACAGCUUAGAUCCAGAUAGAAUCACCAAGUUGGAAGACUUGGGACAGAUAAGAGAAAGUCCUUCUUCACGCAGCACGUGGUCAAAUGAUGGAACUCGCUCCACCAGGAGGCAGUGAUGGCUACUAACCUGGAUGGCUUGAAAAGAGGAUGAGAUGCAUUUAUUGACAGAGGAGAGGGCUCUCAGUGUCUGCUAGCCACAAGGGCUAUACUCUGCCUUCCACAGUUGGAGGCAGCCAUGAUUCUGAAUCCCACCUGAUGCAAACCGUGGGAGGGGAGAGUGCUGCUCAUAUGCCCAAAUCCUGCUUGCGGGUUUCCUAUCUGGGCAACGGCCUUGGCCCAGUAGACCUGAAGGAGCGUCUCCACCUCCAUCGUUCUGCCCGGACACUGAGGUCCAGCUCUGAGGGCCUUCUGGUGGUUGCCUCCCUGCAAGAAGUGGUGUUACAGGGAACCAGGCAGAGGGCCUUCUUGGUAGUGGCACCCGCCCUGUCUGACUUUUAGAAGACAACUGAAGGCAACCCUCUUUAGGGAAGUUUUUAAUGUUAGAUUUUUUAAAAUAUUCUGUUGGGAGAUGCCCAGAGUGGCUGGGGAAACCCAGCCAGAUGGUUGGGGUAUACAUAUUCUUAUUCUUAUUCAUUAAACCACUGUGAGAACAGGAUGCUGGACUAGAUGGGCCACUGGCAAGAUGCUGCUAAGCCAGAGUCCCAGAAUCCACAGCCUCUUUCUCACUCCCUUGAGCCAUUCACUUGCUGCUGCCUUUUCAUAUGGAAUAGGUUGCCAACUCCCCCUGCUCCUAGUGUAGCAGCCCAGAGUGUUGGACUGGGGCUUAGGAGACCCGGGUUUAAACCACCCCCCUCAGCCAUGAAGCUCACUGGGUGAGAGUCUCUCAGCAUAGCCUACCUCACAGGUUAGCUGUGAGGACAAAAGGGGAGGGGGAGAAUGCCCUUGAGCUCUUUGGGUGAAAGGUAGGAUAUAAAUGCAAUACUACAACAAUAAAAGAAACGGGAUAUUUUAUUAUCAUUUACAGUGGUACCUCAGGGUACAUAUGCUUCAGGUUAGAUACACUUCAGGUUACAGACUCCACUAACCCAGAAAUAUUACCUUGGGUUAAGAACUUUGCUUCAGGAUGAGAACAGAAAUCGUGCUCUGGCGGCGCAGCGGGAGGCCCCAUUAGCUAAAGUGGUGCUUCCGGUUAAGAACAGUUCCAGGUUAAGUACAGACCUCCGGAACGAAUUAAGUACUUAACCCGAGGUACCACUGUAUUUCUUAAUUGCUUUCUAAGCAACCAUCUCAAGCUGAUGUAUGCUAGCGAUAAUUAAAAAGACAAAAAAAGCAAAAACUUUUAAAAUGAACCUUAAGCCAUACAAAGCAGACAUUUGUGGUGAAGAGCCAUUUAUCCCGUUGGGAAGCAGUCAGAACAAAAAUGCCUUCAGUUGCUUCCAGAAUGUGGGAUCCUGCAGGGAUGCUAUUCCACAGAACAGGGAUAGCCACACUAAAAGCCCUGUUCCGAGUUACUCCGGAGGAGGCUUCUGAGAUCUUUGGAACUUGCAGGAGAAACUUUCCCACAGACCACACGGGGCUACUGAGUAUAUAAGAGAUAAAGGGGAUCUCGCAGGAAACCUGAUCCAGAGUUGUACAGGGACUUGUACCACUGUUAAAUCAUUGGACGCCAGACAGCUUUGGAAAUCACCUGGAGAUUCACCAGUAGACCCCAGUCUUCCUUGUAGGCACUUCUGGUUUAAAGCAGUAGGGUGCAAAACCUUUUGACGUCCCACGGUUAAACUCUCGUUCUGCCACACAGUUGUGCCCUAUUUUAUUAUGCUGCUCGUGUUUGCUGCCGUUGCUCCAGAAUACGUCUUAUCCGAGGAGGGGGGUGGCAGAGCAAAGCUCAGAAUGAGAAGGAUGGAGCUGAACUUUCAAAGAGAAUAAUUCAUGGUUGCUUGUCGGGGAGUCACUUGCUAGUAGCUGACUUACAAAGGGAAUCAUUUAUGAAGAGAUCAUUGAAAAUUGCACGUGGUGUAAUUUAGGGGUUCCUGGCAUGAUGGCAGCCGUAAGCAAUGCAUUGUAUUACAGGAAGGAAGUUCCACGGAGCAUCAUUUUGGAUGGAAACGCUAAACCAAACCAUUCUGCAACGGCAGAUUGGGGUUGAGUUUUCCCAGGGGAUGGAGAAAUAAUCACUAUUUUUUAAAACAGGCAGGUAGAUAGCGUCUUACACCAAUUUCACUUACAUGAUUGCAGACUUGCGUGGAUCACUGCCAAAUAAAUAAAUAAAUAAUACAGAGAAAAAGUAGGCGGGAGAGCAGGGGGAAAUGGCUGGCAAGUCCAACCCUUUGCAAUGCAGGAAUCCUGCUGACAGUCGUCCCUGGUUGGGCUCGAACCACCAACCUUCUGGUUAACAGCCAGAUGCACUGACCCAUUGUGCCAAGGAUUGCGGGAGCGAUGAUUAAAUACUCACAUCUUUCUGGGAUCUGAUUAUUUAAUAGACAACAAAACAAAUGUGAAAUGGUGCCCCCUGGGUUCUGGGCUCCCAGCUUUGAUCUCUUCUGAACCGCCAUCCUACAACACCUUGAGAUGUUUCAGGCGAUCCUCAGGGCUUGCUGGCUCCCCUGGCAAGCUCCGCUGUGAGCAGAGUCUAGUUAGAUGCUGACCAUGGUCUCUUCUCCUGGCAGAGGGCGGCACCACUGAAGCGGGGUCUGCCGUCAGCGAUGUUGCAGUGCAGACAUGCCCAAGAGUUCAGCUUUGGGCCCCGAGCGCUGAAGGACGCUCUGAUCUCCACGAACCCUGCGCUGCAGGAGCUCUACGCCAAGGCCUUCUCCAGCGCCGAAAAGCUCUUCCUCUCCGAAGCGUACAACCCGCACAGGACACUUUUCUGCAGCCUGUUCAUCCGGACGGCUUUCGACUGGCUCCUCAGCCACCCUGAUGCCCCCGAGGACUUUGAAACCUUCUACUACUCCCUGCUGAGGAGGAAGCAGAGAGUCUACCGCAAGCACAUAUACCUGCAGCCUAUAGGUAAUGCGCCUGCUGGGUCUUUGGCACCAACUAACAAAGGAGACAAGGAUGCCAUGUGUGGAAUUGAGGUUGUGAUGGCAGAGCUUUGCAAAGGAGACAGGGAAAGAGGGAUCUGUGCCAUAGUUCGUGGCUUUCAUGCCUUUUGGUCAGGGCACCUGCUUUGCAUGCAGAAGAUCUCAAGGUAGGGCUGGGGGAGACCCCUGCCUGAAACCCUGGUCAGCUGCUGCCAGUCAGUGUAACCAAUGCUGAGUUAGAUGGACCAAUGGUCUGAACUCUGUAUAAGGCAGCUUCCUAUCUUCUUUAGAAGGGUGCCAGCCCUCCCAUCAGAUGUCAAAGAGAUAAACAACUACCUGACAUUUAGAAGACAUCUGAAGGCAGCCCUGUUCAGGGAAGUUUUUAAUGUGUGACAUUUUAAUGUAUUUUUAAUCUUUGGAAGCUGCCCAGAGUGGCUGGAGAAACCCAGCCAGAUGGGUGGGGUACAAAUAAUAAUAUAUUAUUAUUAUUAUUAUUAUUAUUAUUAUUAUUAUUAUUAUUACAGCAGCAACAGUAGUGGCUCUGACCACAACAGUACAUGAUAGUCUGACUGAUUUCCCUGUAGUUCCUUUCUUCGACCAGGGCUUGGUGGUGACCGAAUCUUCACCUGAAAUCCCUUAGGAAACAGAUUGAGAGGCCACUCUUGUCUUUGGAGUCCUUCCCAUAGGGACUUCACCAGAGCCAGUACCCAUCUCUAGUUUUACAAUGGACCUUGUCCAAAAUCCCCUAGGGCCAGUCUCGCAUGUGGCUUUGGAUGUAGUUGAAGACCCUGGGUGUGUUUUGCUUCAUUUCUUCCCACAUUCUGAAGAUGCUGGAUCCUCCUUGGUAGACAAGCAAAUUGUUUUCGCUUGCAGUAAAUCUUCACAUACAAAGCGCCCUCUCCCUUAUUAGUGAUGUUCUUCUCUGAGGAAGGCAAUGACUGCUCAAAAAGUGCAAGUGCCAGGCUCUUACAAAACAUAAAUAAUAUACAAAUAAUAACACUGGAGCUUUGUGCUCUUGGGAUUUUUCUCCUUCCUUGGGAUUUUCCUCCUUUCUUGCAUUGCUGUAGGGCAUAGUCCCCCCCCCCUCAGAAAGAGCCCCAGAGGAACUGACUUGAUGCUUCUGCUCUUAGAUCUAAGUGACGGCCCUGCUGGGAUCUCACUGCUGGACUCCCUCUGUGGCUGCGUCGAGUCUUUCUUUUGGGGUCUCCGAGUCAAGUGCCUUCCUUCCGUCCCAGUCUCUUCCAUCCACUGCUGUUACCGUCACAGCCAGGAUUCGGACAGAGUGCAGCUUCAUACAGGUAAGCCGACAGGAGAGCAAGUUGGGGGACGGCGAGGCGUGUUACUAGGAAAUGGGGCUCAAGUCUGACUCGGGAGAAGGGGGUAAGUGGAGAAUUUUGCCAGCCCAGAGGCAAGAGUCAGAGGCAGGGGAUCCUUCACGGCUGGAGGGUGGAGCACAGGAUGGGUUGGAAGAGGAGGAGGCAGGGUAGGCAAAUGAAGGGCCAGGUGCUUCCUCACCCUCCCCUGCACCACUGUCUCUCAGAACCAGAAGGGGAGUGAAAAGGGAGGAGCAGAGGAAGUUUCCACGCAGGCGCAGUCUCCGGCUGCGUGCCCAAAUCCCGACGGGAGAAAGUACAUAAACUGGUGGAGGGGAAGUGGUCCCCUGUUUCUGCAAUUGCUCCAUAGAGGGCAGACCUGGGAAGAGCAUAGUAGAUGCUAGACUGCUGUGUGUGGGUAUUCAGAGCUGUAGAGGUGACUUUAAGUGUUAUCUUUGACAAUUAAGAGCUAGCUACCUCCCAUGUGCAUUCCUUUGGCUGGGAAGUGCCUUUGACAGUUACCGGGAACUUGAGGUCAUCCUUGCCCUCUUCUCCCUUGAGUAUGUCCUUGGCCCCCUCAACCCUCUUAGGCCAGGGAUAGAGAAGCAGUAUGGCCCUCCAGAGGUUGUUGGACUCCAGUUCCCAUCAUCCUUGCCACUGGCUGUGCUGGUGGAGCUGCUGGGAGCCCAGCAGUCUCUGGAAGGUCGCACAGCUUUCCCACCCUGAUUUAGGCGAUGUUUGCCUUUUGCCUGCACAGUAGAGGAGGAAAGGUGUGAGGCAGGGGGUGGGAGAAUAAUAUUUCCAUGGAAAAUCAUUCCAUGAUUAGCAGCUGCAACAGUAACCAACCAAAUGGAGGACUGGAACCACAUUUUCCUUUUGGGACCCCUCCCCCCACCACACAAAGAUAUUUCCAUCCCUUUGUUUUCAUGGAAAAAGGUGCUAACCCAAAUUGGGUGUGUUCAUAAUGGAUUCCUGAUUAGACUGAUACCCUGUGGAUGUGUUCUGUUCAUUCUGUUCCACCCCAGCUACUCAGGAAAGGUUGCAAUAUAUUUAAACUAAGGCUUGAAAAUAAACGCUAAAAAAUCUCAUUGGAAUAACAAGUCAUUACAGAAUAUAAUAGUUUUGGUCCAAGCUACCUGAAAGCUCCUAUUUCCCUAUACAAACCCAUCCAGGUAUUAAGAUCCUCGAAUGAGCAUCUUCUCCUGGCCUCAUCAAUAUAAGAGGCACAGUUGGUGGUGACAUGGGAGAGACAGGGCCUUUUCUGUGGCUGCUCCCAUACUGUGGGAUACCUUCCCAAGAGAGAUCAGACUGGCUCCCUUUACUUUAUCUUGUGAACCUCCCUGAGAUCUUCAGAUGAAGGGCAGUAUAUAAAUUUAUUAUUAUUAUUAUUAUUUUAAAAAAUACUUUAAUGCUAGUUCCAACUGUGUUUCUCAUGUAUUUUAACUGUGUUUUUCCAUUGGCUAGUUUUAUUGCUUUGUAUUUUCCAAUAGUGUUUUUAAAUGCUGUAAGCUGCCUUGAAUCCCAUCUUGGGAGAAAGGCAGGAAAUAAAUACAGUACAUAAACAGACAAACAAAAGCCUGAAACAGGGUAGGCUGUACUUGCUGCUGAAGGGCAGGGAAUAGGUUUCUAAAUUUUCUACCAAGGGAAUUGAAAGAUUGACAAGAUUGACAUGUUUCACUGGAUUGUGUCUUUUGUUUUGGCAUCUUCCUUCCCCCCAUAGAUGGGAUCCUGACCUUUCUGAAGAACAACAAGCCCAUGGAUGCCCUCUGCGUCUUGGGUCUCACCCUUGCUGACCUCUACCCCUGUGAAACAUGGAGCUUCACCUUCAGCAAGUUCUUGCCUGGCCAAGGUUUGUCUAGGGAUGGGGAGGAAAACACAUUCAUAGUUCUCUUAAAAACUAGUAGUGAUGAGGCCGUAUGCUAUGGUUACCAGAUUUUUUUCAAUGAAUCCGGUGACACUUUUUUUUUUUUUGAAGCUGAGUAGCAACAGGGAGUCAGUAGUGGGGAUGGUGAGGCAAAAGAACACAUGCAUAUUGUAUAAAGGUGCAAAGCCCUUCUUUCGCACCCUGUGAAACAUAAAUGCACAGUUUUUUUAAAAACUGGGCAACGACACGCCACACGCCCGUGACUCCUGAGCCUUCCUCAAUCUCCUGCUCCCUUCCUCCUUUGGUUUGACGGAUUGGGAGUCACAGGCGGGCGGCUGUUGCCCAGUUUUUUAAAAAACUCUGCGCAUUUAUAUUUCACAGGGUGCAAAAGAAGGGCUUUCCGCCUUGCCUGGCAGAGAAACCAUGUGCCUUGCACCCUUCCUGGGCAAUGCCCGCCCGCCCGUGACUCCCGGGCCUCUCCAGAUCUGUCAAAACAAAGGGGGAAGGGGGAAGGAGAUCUGUACCGCCGGACAUUUCUGGUUGCCCUUCAGCAGUGGAGGCAUCAGUGAGCAGCUCCUGAAGCCAGCCAGAGCUAACUGGGCUACCAGGCUGGCUCCAGGCUGCUGAGGCUGCCACUGCCACGUUUCCCGGGGACAAAUUUGCAAAUCUGGGGACAUUCCGGGGACAAAAUUUGUCCGGGGACAGAUUUGCAAAUCCGGGGACUGUCCCCAGGAACCAGGGACAUCUGGUAACCCUACCGUAUGCCCUCUGGGGAGGGAGCUCCAAAGAUGUGGAGCCACCAGUAAAAAGGCUCUGUCUCUGGAACCCACCAGUCUAACAGCAUAAAUGUAGUAUCAUCUCCCUCUCUACAGGAAAGGACCAUAGUUCAAUGGGCACAGCAUCUGACUUGCAAGCUAAAGGUCCCAGGUUCAACCCCCAACAUCUCCUGACAGGGCUGAGAGAGACACCUCUCUAAAACCCUGCAGAGCUGCCAAUCAAUGUUGACAGUACUGAUUUAGAUGGACCAACUGUUGGUCUGACUUUGUUGCCUAUGUUCCUGUGCUCUUCUUUCAACUUACCACACCCAAGCCCACCUUUUCCAUGAAGCACUUCCUUAACAUCCACACUCCAGUCUUCAUUCCCAGAAUAAGCACCUCUGGCUGCAUCUGCUCACAUCAAUCACCUGUUGCCCUUGGCUCUCACCUCCGUUUGCUAUCCCAGGGAUGGCAGGAGUUGCAGUCACAGGUUGACCACUCCCAUUUGGGACUGUGAGCUCCCUGGAGUGUGGGGUGUGAUGCUGAAGCCAGAUGCACACAGGUGGGGGAAUUCAUGGCUAUAAGUGGCUACUAGGCACAAUGGCUCUGCUCUGCCUCUACAGUUGGGAGGCAGAAGAAGAAGAGUUUGGACUUGAUAUCCUGCCUUCCACUCCCCUUUUUGUUGUUGUUUAGUCAUUUAGUCGUGUCCGACUCUUCGUGACCCCAUGGACCAGAGCACGCCAGGCACCCCUGUCUUCCACUGCCUCCCGCAGUUUGGUCAAACACAUGCUGGUAGCUUUGAGAACACUGUCCAACCAUCUCGUCCUCUGCCGUCCCCUUUUCCUUGUGCCCUCAAUCUUUUCCAACAUCAGGGUCUUUUCCAGGGAGUCUUCUCUUCUCAUGAGGUGGCCAAUUCACUCCCCUUAAGGAGUCUCAAAGCAGCUAACAAUCUCCUUUUCCCUUCCUCCUCCACAACAAACACUCUGUGAGGUGAGUGGGGCUGAGAGACUUCAAAGAAGUGUGACUGGCCCAAGCUCACCCAGCAGCUGCAUGUGGAGGAGCAGGGAAGCGAACCUGGUUCACCAGAUUAUGAGUCCACCGCUCUUAACCACUACACCACACUGGCUCUCUUCUGUGCUUCUGAAUACUGGUUGCUAGAAACCGCUCUUGUGCUCGGAUCCUGCUUGUUGUUCCUCACAGGCAGCUGGGAGAGGAGGAUGCUGGACCAGCAGAGCCACUGGUCUGGUGCAGCAGGUUCUUCUCAAGUUCUUAAUGCGUUUGCCCCUCCCUGUAUAUUUUUGACUGGAUUAAUUUAAGAGUGGAACAAUGAUCGAUUGUGGUCUUCUCCUCCUGAAAUCCUGCCAGUUCUUCCUCUAUUCUGCAGUUUUCUAUAACUUGUUGUUCCCGUUUCAUUAAUAGUUGCCAAGCGUUUAAUGUGGCAGGGAUAUCAAUGAGGUUCAUUGGGUGGUUAAUUAGUUGGACAGCCUCCACCCCACUUUCUGAUAUAGAGGAACCCUGGUAAACCAACCAGAUGGACAUUAGGCAGUUUUCUUCAAAAAUAAAACAAACAAAGGAUCCUACCAGAUUAAUUGUAAUUUAAUUCAUUUAGCUCUACCAGCGCUUUUUUUUUGCAGCACAGUUAUCAGUCCUGCUGCUUUUCCAACUGCUUGUUUUUUGCUUUUAAAAAUUGGGUUUUCUUGCAGUUUAGUAAUCUGGAAUUCUAUAUUUUAAGCUGCCUGGGAAUUGAUCUGAAAUAAUAAAAUAAUUACUAACGAAACGCCUGUGAGGGUACACUAGGUAAAGCUUCCUAUAGCAGAGCAUCUUUUUGGCUUGUGCAGUCAAGUCCCAGGUGCCUGGGUGGGGCUGUACAAAUUCUGCGGCUCAGUAGGCCAGAUCUUUCGGUCCCUCCGUGGGCAGGUAGGUGAGUCCACCCACUUGUCAAUCAUCUGGUGUUAUAAUGACAUCAAAGUUGACCCACGGGGUCAGGGAGGGGUUGUUCCACCAGCACGUUCCCCAUAGCAGGGGUUCCAUCUCGCCCUCUGGAUUGUGGAUGCCCGCCGCAGCAACAUGGAAGUUGCGGUGGCUGGCAGCUCCUCUUCCUCCUCAGCCAGCGACGCACCCUUUUCCACGAUGGAGGGACUCUGUGUCCAAGCUCUCCCCCCGAAAAGGGUGUGUUGCUGGUUGGCUGUGGAGGGUGGAACUGAACUGUUUCUCUCUAGAGGCAGCACCACAGCCUACCGGCAGCUUUUCUCAUUGACUUUGUGGGUGCCCAAGCACCCACAGCCCCCUGGAGUUGGCUCUUAUGCCCCAUAGGGAACACAGUGGCAAAGCAGCAUCUUGUUGUUGUUUAGUCAUUUAGUCGUGUCUGACUCUUUGUCACCCCCUGGACCAGAGAACGCCAGGCACUCCUGUCUUCCACUGCCUCCCGCAGUUUGGUCAAACUCAUGCUGGUAGCCUCAAGAACACUGUCCAACCAUCUUGUCCUCUGCCGUCCUCUUCUCCUUGUGCCCUCCAUCUUUCCCAACAUCAGGGUCUUUUCCAGGGAGUCUUCUCUUCUCAUGAGGUGGCCAAAGUAUUGGAGCCUCAGCUUCAGGAUCUGUCCUUCCAGUGAGCACUCAGGGCUGAUUUCCUUCAGAAUGGAAAGAUUUGAUCUUCUUGCAGUCCAUGGGAUUUUCAAGAGUCUCCUCCAGCACCAUAAUUCAAAAGCAUCCAUUCUUUGGCGAUCAGCCUUCUUUAUGGUCCAGCUCUCACUUCCAUACAUCACUAGCAGGGCUGAAUUCUCUUUUCAUCAGUUAAAUGCUACUACUUUGGCUGAAUGGGCACAGCCAGUGCAGAAUUGAUCCCUAUUCCCGCACCCAUCAGCUUAUGUCAGCUGAUUGAUAGCUGGGCCUGGUUUUGGAGAAAUGGCCUUGCGGGCAAAACUGGACCCCCCUGGCAGGCCAAGAUUGGCCCAGAGGCCAGAGACGCCCAACUCCUGCUAUAAUGGAUUUAUCUGAAUAUUAAAGUUGCGUACAGUAGCGUAUUAAAAAUUGAGUAAUUAUGAAGUUUUAUUUUUCUGCUUGUCAGUCUUUUAUAAAUUUAAUGAACUAUUUUUUUUUAAAAAAAGAAGUCAAUAAGAUAUACUACUGAGCAUUAUUCUGCAUGCAAAGUUCUGCACAAUUUGCUUAAUGCAUUCUGAGGCAGCAAGGCUCCUCAAGUACACGUUUACCACACACUCUCCAGCAACAAAACCUCCUAUAAAUUGGUACUUAACCCCUCACUAUUCUAUAGAGGCAUAACACUGGUUUGCUGUGUGCAUAAUGAAACCAAGCCACAGUCAUCCUCAGCUCCAUCUCUCUCUUGCUUAAUGCUUAAUUUUUAGAAGAUAAAACAAUGCUGGGAUCAGACUGACAUCUGUCCAUCUUCUCUAUAUAUUUCAACAGACUUCAUUAUAUAACAGAUAUCUCUGUACCCAGAUGUGUAAGGGUGGUUUUCCUAUCUGAGUGGGAUGCCUGGGCGUUUGAGGAAACGAGGCUGACCUCUCUCUCCCCUCUUGUUUCCUGCCUCCGCAGAGGUGGGGGUCUGCAGCUUUGCCAGGUUCACGGGCGACUUCCCCCAGAUGGGUUGCACCACAUUAAACCCAGCGCCAUGGAGACAAGAGGUUCAUGACGAAGUUAUGGAGCACGCCAGACAUCAGGCGUUGCUGUUCAACAUGCUGGAGAUGCUCCAAUGUUGCAAGGUGAGGCGUGCAAUAUUUCCCCAACAGUGGAGCACCUGCGUUGCAUGCAGAAGGCCCCAGGUUAAGUGCCCAGCAAUUAAAAAAACACACAAAAGGAUCUGGUAUGGUUCUGGAUUUACAUAUAAGCUAAAGAAGCUAUAGCUUAGGGCCCCACUCUCUUGGGGCCUCCCCCAAAAAAUUAAAGGAAAAAAACUGGUUGCACAUUUCCAAAAUAUAAGAUAAAAAACAGAUAAAAUAAAACCUACAUACAGCAACAGUGUUUUGUGUUGUGUAGGUUCCUAGUAAUGGGUCCCACCUGCUAGCCUGCUCCCUCAAAUAUCACUGGUUUGCUCAUCUCUAUAUAUAGGGUGCCGGGACGCAGGUGGCACUGUGGGUAAAAACCUCAGUGCCUAGGACUUGCCGAUCGUAUGGUCGGCGGUUCGAAUCCCUGCGGCGGGGUGAGCUCCCGUCUUUCGGUCCCAGCUCCUGCCCACCUAGCAGUUCGAAAGCACCCCUAAGUGCAAGUAGAUAAAUAGGUACUGCUUUAUAGCGGGAAGGUAAACGGCUUUCCGUGUGCUGCGCCGGCUCGCCAGAUGCAGCUUGUCACGCUGGCCACGUGACCUGGAAGUGUCUCCGGACAGCACUGGCUCCCGGCCUCUUAAGUGAGAUGAGCACACAACCCUAGAGUCGGACACGACUGGCCCGCACGGGCAGGGGUACCUUUACCUUUACCUUUAUAUAUAGGGUGCCUACAUUCUGCAUGGACUGGUUGCAGGGCAACAUGUAGCAGGCAGCUGCAGACUGCAGUGCAGCACAGUUGAAUGUAGGUCAAGCUGUUGUACCUGUUAUCUAAUAUUAAAGAGUGCUUGUAGAAUGAUGAUCAGGCAGUGUAGACUAAGGGUAUGAGCAUAUAUUCAACACAAAAAACAGUGACAAUUUGUUGUUGACUAAACAAGCUAAACAAGCUAUAGCUUAUGGCCCACUCUCUUGGGAACCCCAAAAAAAUGUAAAGGAAAAGAAAAACUGGGUGUACAUUCCCAAAAUAUAAGAUAAAAAACAAAUAAAAUAAAAUCUACAUACAGCAACCGUGUUUUGUGUUGUGUAGGCUCCUAUCUGUUAUGUGCAAAUGGCUUUAGAUACCUAUUAGGUCCAUAAAUUACCAUAUAGCAUAUAUUCAAUGCAAAAAACAGUGACAAUUUGUUGUGGACAAAGGACAGCUGGACAUAUAAAGGGCCCCAUUACCUUCAAUAGCUUAGGGCCUCAUCAAACCUAAAUCUGGCCCUGGUGAUGGUGGAGGAAAGGAGAACCAGUUCAAGGCAGGAAAGGAAACUCAACAGUGAAAGUUCAGCUUAAUCUGCUCUUGGUCCCCCCCCCCCAUGAAAGGUCACAUGCCAUGAGAUCUGCCACCUGAUUGGCUUGGGGAAUUGCCGUUGGCUCCAGUGCAUCAUGCAGGGAGCUCUAAGUUUGGAUGAAGUUCUGCUGCGGCCGCUGGAGCCCUGCCCAAUAUGCCUCCGGAAGCUGCAGUACGUGGUGGGUUUCAAACUCAUCGAGCGCUACAAGGUAAGAGACUCAGAGAGCAAGGUGGCUCUUUCCCCUCCUUUCUGCAAGGCGGGGGUUCAUCUGGUCACCAGCUCCAGGCUGCUCAUCUUACAAUCCCCAUCAGAGGGAGAAGGAAGCAGAGAAGUUGUCUGGAGAGCAGAAACCUACAGGCGGCUCAAGAGAGUCUCAAGCCAUUUGCCGUGUAGGAAAAGCAAGGGAUUAGCCUGUCUGUGUCCCUGUGUGGCUCUCCUCAUAAAGGUCCUCAUUCUGGCCAGGUUAUGCACCCCUAAGGCACAGGAUAAGGCUGAGAGAGGACUGGCCAUGGAGCAGGUGCUGGUUCCAGAUGCUGUGCAGGGGCUCUGCAGGAUCUGUGACCACACUCAAGGGAAAUGCUUGAUGCUUUAGUUCAGCUCUCCAUAUACUUUGGACUGUUGUUCUCAUCAUUCUCAGCUUGUGCUUGUUGGGGCCAAUAAUUGGGUUGUAAUCCAAAAGAUCUAGUUGACAAAGGCUGCUUUAAUCUGAGCUGAAGCAAAUGCUUCAAUAGCAAAUAAGACCUAUAAUAUUAAUUUAUUAUUUAUACCCUGCCCAUCUGGCUGGGUUUCCCCAGCCACUCUGGGCAGCUCCCAACAGAAUAUUAAAAGCACAAUACAGCAUUAAACAUUAAAAACUUCCCUAAACAGGGCUGCCUUCAGAUGUCUUUUGAAAAUAGGAUAGUUGCUUAUUGCCUUGACAUCUGAUGGGAGGGCGUUCCACAGGGCAGACGCCACCACCGAGAAGGCCCUCUGCCUGGUUCCCUGUAACCUCACUUCUCGCAGGGAGGGAACUGCCAGAAGGCCCUCGGUGCUGGACCUCAAUGUCCAGGCUGAACUAUGGGGGUGGAGAUGCUCCUUCAGGUAUACAGGACCAAGGCCAUUUAGAACUUUAAAGGCCAGCACCAACACCUUGAAUUGUGCUCGGAAAUGUACUGGGAGCCAAUGCAGGUCUCUCAGGACUGGUGUUAUAUGGUCCCGGCGGCCGCUCUCAGUCAUCAGUCUAGCUGCUGCAUUGUGGAUUAUUUGCAGUUUCUGAGUCACCUUCAAAGGUAGCCCCAAGCAGAGCGCAUUGCAGUAGUCCAAGCGGGAGAUAACCAGAGCAUGCACCAUUCUGGCGAGACAGUCUGUGGGCAGGUAGGGUCUCAGCCAGUGUACCAGAUGGAGCUGGUAGACAGACACAGAACUGACCUGCACCUCCAUGGACAGCUGUGAGUCCAAAAUGGCUCCCAGGCUGCGGACCUGGUCCUUCAGGGGCACAGUUACCCCAUUCAGGACCAGGGAGUCCCCCACAUCUGCCCGCCCCCUGUCCUCCAAAGACAGUACUUCUGUCUUGUCAGGAUUCAACCUCAAUCUGUCAGCCGCCAUCCAUCCUCCAACCUGCCCAAAUCAGGAGUGUCAGAGAAGGUUCAGAGAAAGUCCAGGUAGGGACUUCUGCCUGGGGAGCUGCUGGCAGUCCAUGUAGACAACCCCGAGCUGGGUAGACCAAUGGGUCUCACUUUGAACAAGGCAGCGCCCUCUGUUUCUGUGCUCCCUGAUUAUCAGUGCCCUGAUCUGAAAUGGCAACAGAAGCAGUCACCCUGUUUUAUGUUCUCUGGUGCAGAAACUCUAUGCCUGGAUGCAAACUCUUUUGUCUACCUGGCCCAGCCAAGACCCGGCAGACUUGUCCGUAUCGGAAGACGUUUUGCCAUACAGCGCUGACUCUGGGAUGGGUGGCGAGAACGAUUCCGAAGCGGUGACGUCCCUCUCGGAGCCCCUGACCCCAGAUACUUGCAGCCAGGCGGUUUCCACGUUGCAGGAUCUUGACCUCGACGAGCCGUCCUGUUCUCUGGCCGAUGCUCCCAGCCAGGAGCGACUGGGCGGUGCUCCCAAGCCCUCGGACAUAAUUAAGGAGUACACGCUGUGGCUGGAGAUGUGCAUUGCUGCUCUCGAGAAGGACGUCUCUGAGGAGGAUCUCUUGCAAGUAGACAAGGCGGUGGAUGCCCUGGCCCGCUGGGAAAUGUUCACGGGGGAGCUGCCCAGCGUCCGGAGGGACCUGCCUUUUGCCAGUGACACUGCGGGGCUGCGGAAGGUCCUUGGAGACAAAUUCUCCUCCUUGAGAAGGAAACUGAGCUCCAGGAAAGCAGCCAGGGGUGAAUCUUCCCCUUGUCGCUGGAGAUGGGAGGACAGCUAG